UCGGCCUCAGUGGCGCGUGUUCUCACCAGAACAGUGCCUCCGCGGCGCUGCGGCGGCGCCCGAAAGGCCGAUCCGACCCGGCAGCCCCCCGGAGCGUGCAUCCAAGCGUCCGCCACCGCCGGCUCAGCCCCGGCUCGACAUGACUCUGGCCCGCGCGGGGUCGCCGACGGCGCCGAGUCGGCGCCAGAGGCACGCCCGGCGGCCGGAUGGUCGCCUCGAGCGCUGAGCGGCUGCCGCCACGGUCACUUACGCUCGAGUUGCGCCAGGUGCGCCUCUCGGUGGCCCGGCGCGGCCGCACGUGCUCUCUGUAGAUGUCUGCUCUCACUCGACGGCAGCGCUCGCACGACCGACGUUCUUCCUCCUCUGCGGCCUCGCUCGGGCCCGCUCGUCGACACGCGCAACCAGCAGACGCCCGUGUCGGAGCUUCUGUGCCGGCUUGGAGCUUCCAUCGCUGAUGGGGGUGCGGCUCUGUCCCGGCGGCUCACUCAUCGAGCACCUCACGGCUGCGCGGCGGCUCACUCAUCCGCACCACCGCGACCGGUUGCAAACAUCGCCCUCAACAUCCGCUUGCGCCUCACACGUCCGGGGGCAGUGUCGCGUGAGCCACAGCUUAGCACCGACGCCAGGCUCUUAGCUGUUAGCUCUACGUGUACGUGUGUGUGUGGUGGGGGGGGGAGGGCGGCGUAGUCAAAAGAAAAGCCUCAGUCGAGAGAGGCUAGUAGCCCCUUCGAGUGCGGGCUCCGUACCCGUCUUGUCCUGGCAUAUCAGAGAGGCGAAUGGGACAGGGGUUGAAGGGGUACUUGGUACCCGGCCCGUUUUUCGCGUUUCUCU